AUGGAUAUAUCUGCCUCAAAAUAUAGUGAUGCUAGUGAAUCUGGUUGGACUCACUACUUGGUCCAAUCCUCUUUUUCUGAGAGUUAUUUCCAAAGUAAAGAUGAGAUUGUAGAGAAUGAAGGAAAAGGAGCUAGAAUGGUCAUGGAUGAGAAGGAGGAAUCUGAAGAAGAUUUAUCAAUGGUAUCUGAUGCAUCAUCUGGACCUCCACAUUAUGACAAUGAAUACCAAUGUGAGAAUUGGUAUACAUGUCUUUCUUCAACAACCAAAGAAACCCAAAAGAAGAAAAAAGUCAAAGAAUAUGAUACAAGUCAACAACCUUCACCUCUUGAUGACACUGCUAGCUCUCAAUUUUUCAGUUGUCCCAAACAGAGUCACAAGAAGAAAGACAAAGACAGUUUCUUAAGGAAUGGAGCAGUGAGGAGUGCACUAGAUUUUUCUGAGUGUAUAUCUGCAACAACAAUAAAUGUUCAACUCUAG